AUGUCUCGGCUGGUGGUGGCCGCGUUCCUGCUGCAGCUCCACGUGGCUGCUGUUGGCGCCUGGCUCGGGUGCAGGGGCCUUGACUUGCUCGAAAAAAUCCAGGCCCAGUUGAAGACUCUGAGGGAAGAGAGAGAAAAGCUCCUGGGAUUUAAAGAGACUGGAGAGGGGAAAAGCUGGGAGUAUUUGAUAGAAAAGAAGAGGCAGCAAAUUGUGGCUGAUUUUCAGCAACUGCACCAAUUCCUGGAGGAACAAGAGCGGCUCCUGCUGGCCCAGCUGGAAAAGCUGGAAAAGGAGAUAAAGAUACAGAAUGAAAAUGUCACCAAACUCUCUGAGCAGAUUUCCCGUCUCAAUGAGCUGAUCAGUGAGCUGGAGGGGAAGUGUCAGAAGCCACCGGGUGAAUUCCUGCAGGAAAAAAUCCAGGCCCAUUUGAAGACUCUGAGGGAAGAGAGAGAAAAGCUCCUGGAAUCUAAAAUGACUGGGGAGGGGAAAAGCUGGGAGUAUUUGAAACAGAUAGAAAAGAAAAGGCAGCAAAUUGUGGCUGAAUUUCAGCAACUGCACCAAUUCCUGGAGGAACAAGAGCAGCUUCUGCUGGCCCAGCUGGAAAAGCUGGAGAAGGAGAUACCGAAGAUACAGGAUGAAAAUAUCACCAAAGUCUCAGAGGAGAUUUCCUGUCUCAGUGAGCUAAUCAGUGAGCUGGAGGGGAAGUGUCAGAAGCCAGCAAGUGAAUUUCUGCAGGACAUCAGAAGCACCUUGUCCAGGUGUGAGAAGGGGAAGUUCCAGCAGCCGGAGGAGAUUUCUCGUGAACUGGAAAAGAGACUCAGUGAUUUUCCCCAGAAAACUGUUGCUCUCAUGGAAACUCUGAGGAAGUUCCAAGAGCAACUUAUGAACACAUCACUUCAUAACAAGGUCACUUAA